AUGCCCAUCACCCCGACCACCCCACCACCGAUCAACAACGCCCAAGUCAAUACAUGGCUCCCAUCCCGCAACACCCAACCACCCAUCAAUAACCCCCCAGUCAAUACAUGGCCCCUUCCCAACAUCAGCCCACCCAUCCAUCAACAACGCCCCAGUCAAUACAUGGCCCCCUCCCAACAUCAGCCCACCCAUCCAUCAACAACGCCCCAGUCAACACAUGGCCUCCAUCUCGCAACACCCAACCCACCCAUCAACAACGCCCCAGUCAAUACAUGGCCUCCAUCCCGCAACACCCCACCCACCCAUCAACAACACUCCAGUCAACAAAUGUCCGUCACCCCGAACACCCCAUCCACCCAUCAACAACACAUCAGUCAACACAUGGCCCCAACCCCGAACACCCCACCCACCCAACAACAACACUCCAGUCAACACAUGACCAACACCCCAAACACCCCACCCAUCCAUCAACAAAACCCCAGUCAACACAUGGCCUCCAUCCCACAACACCCCACCCACCCAUCAACAACACUCCAGUCAACAAAUGUCCGUCACCCCGAACACCCCAUCCACCCAUCAACAACACAUCAGUCAACACAUGGCCCCAACCCCGAACACCCCACCCACCCAACAACAACACUCCAGUCAACACAUGACCAACACCCCAAACACCCCACCCACCCAUCAACAAAACCCCAGUCAACACAUUGCCCCAACCCCGAACACCCCAUCCACCCAUAA